CAGACACAGACCGGCUCCAGCUCCACCACGUACACUGCAUGCCGGACCUUAAGCCCGGACGGACGAAAACAAGAAACCGCCGUGUACUCUGACCCAGUGAAAGCUGAGACUCGUACGCGCCCCGUUAGUGAAAUUUAAGGGUGUUUUUUUUUUGUCUUUUGGGGGAACUCAACAGUUGCCAUUUUCGAACAGCUGUGAACCGCUGUCUGACUCCGGCACUCCGACAAAGAAAGAGAAAAGUGACUCGUCAGCGCAACAGACUGAGUCACACGGAGUUUCGACACAUUUAAAGGAGAAUUAAUGACUUAUUUUUCUUUCUCAAGUGCCUGUUCCGCUCUAGAUUGACUCACUGGUAGACACACAGACGCACACUCAUCCACCCAGACAGCCGCCUGCCUCCGCGUUUGCCGGGCCCCGCGGCUGGUGCAGCUGAAACGGGCCGCCGCUGCACUUACGCGGCCCCUGUCAGGUGAAAGGCGUGGCGCUGGGCGGGGGGGAGCUUUGAUCUAACAACACCUGAGUGUGUGAGAGUAACCGGAGAGCUGGGCAGGGCUGGAUCCCUUGUUGAGGAGCUGCUCUAGCGGUUUAUUUACCUCAGAUGAAAAUCGUUUGUCAGCGGAGGAGCUCUCAUCUCGGGCCCAGGUCACGCGGACGCGUUAUGAACCGUAAUGACAAAUCGCACUUUUCCGAAGUUUGACCCUUACGACGGGAAACUGGGUCAGCGUGGUUUCAGCGCUUAACUGUUUAUUGACCGGCGGAUACACUGAGGCCAUGGCGCUGUCUCAGAUCCAGUGUCUGGACGACCACCACGUCAACUGGCGCGUGAGCGAGAGCAAACCGGAGUUUUUCUACAGCGAAGACCAACGGCUGGCGCUCGAGGCGCUCAUCAACCAGGGCCGCGACGCCUUUGCGGAAUACACCCGAGAGAAUGGCGUCCGGGAGUUCCUCUCAGAACCGGAGCUGGAGCGGAUUGCACACACGGCGGAGGCCUACCGGCCCGGGUACGAGCAUCAUCAGAAACCAGAGACGCCAGGCCUGGGGAACAUCACCCCGGGGUCUGGGGAAGAAGCCGGAGACGGCGAGGUGUCGCUCCAGUACUGGCCAGACCGGUCUGAGGCCUCGGUGGCUGAGCUGGACCUCGGCUGGCCCGAGGCCAUCUCUUACCGGGGGGUGACGCGCGUGACCGUGUACACCCAGCCUCCAACCGAGGGUCACACGCACAUCAAGGAGGUGGUGCGGAAGAGCAUUGCAUCAGCUCAGAAGGUAAUAGCCGUGGUGAUGGAUGUGUUCACAGAUGUGGAUAUCUUUCGAGACCUGCUGGAUGCAGCAUACAAACGCAAAGUUCCUGUAUACAUAAUCAUUGACAUGGCUGCAGUCCCCUGCUUUCUUUCCAUGUGUGGCAGAGCUGAUAUGCACCGUGGACACCUAAAGAAUCUGCGCGUGCGCUGCUGUGGAGGUGUGGAGUUCUUCACGCGGUCAGCACAGAAGGUGCGUGGCUCGCUGAGCCAGAAGUUUCUCUUGGUGGAUGGAGACAGAGCCAUCUCUGGUUCAUACAGUUUCACCUGGUCCUCCUCUCGUUUGGACCGUAACCUCAUCACUGUGAUCACAGGACAGGCAGUGGAGACAUUUGACCUGCAGUUCCGUGACCUUUACCUCAUGUCCAGAGGUGUGUCUCUCAACAAGGUUCCCAUGGUAGAUGAACCAAUUCCUGACCCGCUCCCUCAGGCAGCUCCUGUUCCUGUGUCAGCUACUGUUGCUAGGAAGCUCAUCAACCCCAAAUAUGCCCUGGUUGCCGCGGGAAGUCCAGCCUCCUCUGACCAGAACUCUAGCAACAAGAACUCAAACUCUCAGAAUCCCACUGGGUUAAAAAUUAUGAAAGGUCGUCUUAAGGAGGUUAUCGAAGAGCCACCCACGCACCCAGGAUUAGCCAAUCUGGAGAAAGCAUACCUGAUCGCAUACCUACCCACCUGGCCAGAGCCAGACCCACCCAGCGACGUGAUUGGCUUUAUCAACAUCAGGGAUGAAAAACGGGCCAAUCAGGUUCACCUACAGAGGUCAGAGAGGUUUGAGGUCAGUCAGGCUAUACGCUUCAGCGCACCACUGACAGUUCCAGCCCAGACUGAGGAACCUGCUUCAGAUCAGAACGCAAACGCUGCAGAAACAGACAAAAAUCCCUCAGCGGAUACAAGUCCAGAAGCCUCUGCUCCUGUGAGUUCAACCAACAAAGAGAAAAUACACACUGCUCCAGUUAAAGACCAGACUGAUACAACAGAUUCCAGUGGGGCCCCUCAGCAGCCGAAGACACCACCAACACAAGACACACACAAACCAAAUACACGCAGUCCCAACUCAUCAUCCAAUGUUACUGCUGAUUCACAGCCAACAGACAACACUAAACAAAGCCCAGAGGCACAAACUGCAGCACCUCCCGUUCCUAAACGGCGCACACUACAUUUAGUCAUUGACCCCUCCCCCUCAGAGCAGUCUGACCAACCGCAGGUGACUUUGAUAAAAAUGGACGAGUUGGAAAGUCUAAAUAGCUCCUCUAGCAAAAAUAGAACCCCGGAGGAGCUGACGCCAAGUCGUGGCCGCAUAACAUCAAAAGAUGACGGCAGAGACUCUGGCAGCAACGACGAUGGCAGCCAAGACAGUACCAAGGUCAUGUGUGACCGAGCAGCCAAUGAUGAUCCUUCAAGUGCUUCCACGGCGUCAGAGGAGGAGUUUUAUGAUUCUCAGCAGAAGUCAAGUGACCUGAUGACAAACGGAGUGACAACAGGUUCAGGCCACGGGCAUCGCCAAGGAGAGGGGUUCAACAUGAUGGCCCGCCUCUCUCAGAGCAUGCUGGACCUACGGGAGCCCACCCAAACAGAGGACAGCGCUGCCCUCAUCCGCCAAUCACAGCAGCUGCGCAGACGAGAUCACCCCUCACCACACAGGCACAUAGGACAGUUGUUCCAGACCUCAAGAUCUCCAGGUCCUGAUGCACGACAGCGAGGACCUAAAGUAAUCAUUGCCAAACCGGGAAGUUACCACCGCCCCACUCGAGCAGCUGGACAUGUGAUUGGAGGACACCGUUACUGGCAGGGCCAAACGCUGCAGCCUGAUUCAGCCCAGGCGCGCGCAGACACAAGGUCCAGUCGGUCGCCACGGCGCCACAGCCCGGGAUACAGUAAGACAGACCACACCAUGCCACAGCCGCCAGCUAAUCCACCAGGGUUACUUGGAGUUUCUCUCUCAAAACUGAGCAAUUUUAGACAAUUGAGGGGACGAGGAGGAGUGUCACAGAAGAAAGUGUAUCAGAAUAACAAGGCUACCAGAUAAAACUAUGGACCUGUACAGGUACACAAGGAUGCUUUUUGAUUUUAUAGACUUCCUGCAAAAAAAAACCUGGUGACCCUUCAAUGUGGAAUCUUUUCUAUCUCUGGGAUGCAUGUCAUUUCCUGUUUUCAAACCCUGAGGCUCAACAUAAAAGGACUUUUUCGUUGGGAUCUUUUGACUAUGUCAACAAAAGUUGGCAAUUUGAUGAUGUGUUUUAAGAGAUAUUAUCUGUAAAUGAAUCUCAUCUCCUUCCCACCAAAUGCUCCCUGGGCUUCAGACUGGAUGGUUUCAGCAGUGUCUGGUAGAUAAUGAAAUUUAGAGGAAGAUACUGAUAUCUGGGAGGAAACUAACCCUGGAAAUAAUAUAUCAGCUGGUAUUUAAGUUUACAAACAAAUGCAUAAACACAGCAAGGAUCCCUCAAGCUUAGUUAAAAAAAAGAGCAAAGAUUUACAGGAUUUACGCAUCAGACUCUAGUGUUGACACGACUGUGAUUGGUUUCUGAUGGUGCAAAUGUAAGGCUGCUGUGUUGAUUGCUUUUACACAUGUGGGCAGAUGUUGUUGAUUACCUGUUCAUAUACAGAGACCAGGCGUAUGCAAUGAUAAACACUGAUGUGGGGACCAAAAGUGAAUGUUUUCAAUAAAAAAGACAGAUUGUU